AGCGGAGCGGAGGGAGCAGCAGGAGCGGUGCGGGAAGAACGGAGAGAGCCCCCGCCCCGGCGGAGCGCAGCUCUCUGGGCUGCGGAUGGAGGGCAGCCGCGCUUCUCCCCGCUACGGAUCCAUGGAAUCCACCCGAUGGCCGCCGGCCGGCGCGGGGCCAGAGGAUGAGAUCGUGUCCAUGGCCGACUCCACCACCACCAUCGAUGAGAUCGAGGGAGAGCUCUUCAGGAUUGAGCGGAUCCGGGAGAUUCUGGUGCGCAGGGAGUCAGAGCUGCGCUACAUGAUGGACGACAUCCAGCUUUGUAAGGAAAUCAGCCGGCUGAAAACAGAGCUCCAGAGACUCCUGGCCCUGCCAGAGAACCAGAAAUCCAACGAGGAGAAGCAGAGGGAAGAGGAGCUGGUGCAGCAGAUCCACAAGCUGGUGGAAACGAGGGAUUUCCUGGUGGAUGAUGUGGAGUUCGAGAGGCUCAGGGAAAGGGAAGAAGACAAGGAAAUGGCCGAGUUCCUGCAGAGCAAGCUCUCCAAAAGCUACCUCCAGAGAGCAACUCCUGCCCGAGAGAAAAAGAUGACAUCAAGGGGACAGCAAACCUCAGCUCCCUACAUGAGCAAGACAGGCCUGACCCUGCUCAAGGAGUGCUGUGGCUUCACCUGCUCCAUCAUGUAGGGCAUUUCCAGCCCCUGGCACAGGACAUGGCCAUGGUCUGCAGCCAGAGUCCUGCUCUCCUCUGAGAGAUCCAGUGUCCAUCACUGUCCACAGUUCCCCUGCAGCAGCAGCACCCAGGGCCCCCAGGCUGGAUGGGCAGGUCUGGGUGCUGGCACAGGUCCUAAUGGCCCCACAUCCUCCGUGGCAGCACAGACACCACGCCCCACCUUGGCCUGGAAGCUGUGAGAGCAGCGGGGAGCCCAUGGCACAGGAGAGAGCAUCCCACAUCUGGGCUGAGGGAUAAAAACCACCUGGAGCUGCUGUUUGAAGAACAUCCUGCUCCACCCUGGGAGUGUCCCUGGGGUAGUUCCAUCCUGGAACUGAUCCUGUCCUGGAGCCGAUCCCAUCCUGGGUGUCAUGGGGUGGCUUUACCUUUAAGGUGGUUUUGGGAGCUAAGGAAGUUGAAGCUGCUGGUGGCUGAUGGGAGUCUUUCAUCCUGACCAAUUAUCAGUCAUUUCUAAGAAUUGACAGCAGUUUUGACCAUUAAUGAGUCCCUCUCUGCUCCACCAGAGACUCUCUAGGGCCGCUUUGCUUGGCCCACAGGGAUUUGCUUUGAUCCACACUCCCCAAAGGCUCCUCUCUGUCCUGCCUUCCCAGGGCCUUACUGGGACAGUGAGUGACCCAGCCAGUGAGUUUGGUGGGGCUGAGAGGGAUCCAGAGGCCAGGAAGAGCCCUGGAUUCCAAACUUGCCCCUGUGGAGCCAGCCUGGGCUGGAAGCAGUGCUGGUGCAGACAGGAGGACAGGCAGGGUCUGUGUGUCCCACCUGAGUUCCUGAGGUUGCUCCUGGAGAAGGCUCAGGCUGCUCCCCUGGGCACAUAGAACUGCUGGAACAGCUGGGAAAGUGCCCAGCCCACAGGAGUGGCACUGGUUCAUGUGCAUUGAUCUCAACCCAAACCAAUAAAUGUCUUUUGGAAGCUCUGUA